CAAGAUGAUAACACUACAAUUUUUCUGAUAUAAUGUUAUAUCAUAACAAUAACAUUAAUUUUUAAGACCACCGUCGUCUUUAAAAAAAACCAGUAAUACUAAAUUGUAAUCGUAAUAUGUUUAAAACGACAUAAUGAUGGUUAAAAGUUGAACAAAAAGUGGAAAAAUAUUAAAAGCCGAGAUCAGUAUUAUGACAGAUUAUCAGAAUAUGACAGAAAUCAAAGCAUAAUAACUUCAUGUUGGUGUUUUAUCUGGAGGAUAGCUGGCUUGAAUACAUAUAUUUUUACUUCAAUAAUUUUUGUUAGGUUAUCAAUUAUGGAAAUAUAAAAUAUUUUCAAUGAUAAAAAAGAGGUUAAGUCGUUUAAAAAACAAAACAGUCUAUAUUAGCAUGUAGAUAGAAGAGUUUUAUGAGCGCUAGCUACACACGACAGCCAUUCUAAACAAAUCUAUAUAUUGAAAACAUCGUCAUUAUGACUAAAAAGCUUUACCAGUCAACUCUGACAGACCAGUCAUUAAAAUUUAAUGAUGAAGAAAUAUACAACUCUGUGGCUACUACUAGUUCUAUUUUUUGAAACAAGUUAUGCCUUGAAAUGUUUUAAUCGGUUGGAGAAAGACAGUGAAAAGCAUUUAGAAGAUUGUAGCGUAGCUACGGUCAACUCGUUCAUCGCUACACUAAAUAAGUAUGGUGAUCACAAAUCAAUUCCAUUUUCUAAAGCCAGUUCGGAUUCUUUUACUUGCUCUAAAAUUGUUUUAACAGGUCGUAAUGAGGAUGUAGUCUACCACGGAUGUGGAUAUGUUAAAUCAGAUCCAUGCAAAUCAAUGCAGAAAUUCUUCGAAGGAACUGAAGUCAUAAAGUUUUGCCAAACUUGUGAGGGUGAUGGCUGCAAUAGCGCCAGGACUACACAUUCGUCUAUAGUAGUUUUGAUUCUUACCACUGCUGCUACAUACUUGUUUUUUGGUCUACGUUGAAAUUAUUUUGUCCAGACUUUUACUCUA